CUUUGACUGACUGAACGAUAACAAACCACCUUUAAGUAAUUUGAUACGAUAAGCAGCUUCCAAAUGCUCUUGUGACAAGUGAGAAGCACACAUGCUACAGUAUGGCUGCCAAAAGAAGUUUCUUUGGGGAACACCUAAACACACCCGUUGUCAAUAGACUAGUUCAGGGUGAAUCUCCUGAGCCCAGUUGUGUGUCGAUGAAGAGUGAUGAGUCAAAGGGCACACCAAUUAACUUUAGGGAAUCGUCUGCUGAUGUCAGUACUCAGGGUGAAUCUCCUGAGCCCAGCUGUGUGUCCAUGAAGAGUGAUGAGUCAAAGGGCACACCAGUUAACUUUAGGGAAUCUUCUGCUGAUGUCAGUAACAAACAGGAUGGGUCAGUUUUGCUUGAAAAGAAAAAGUUGGACUCCAUUUUUAAGGAGCUUAAGCCCAAAAUGAUCUCUCUGAUGAAAAAAGAGCUGAAAAUAUUCAAGAAAUUACUGAGUCCAGAUUACCCAGUGUGCUCUGAGAAAGAGUGGGACAAUGAUGAUAAAGGUCAGGACAGAUUGAGAAGGGGGAUUCUGAAAAUAACACUGCACAUCCUGAGGCAGAUGAACCAGGCAGACCUCGCAAACACAUUACAGACCAAAUGUGCCCCUGUAUGCCAACAAAAACUUAAAUCCAAACUUAAAGACAAAUUUCAGAGAAUUAAUGAAGGGAUCUUCCAUCAAAUUAACUCAACACUUCUUAAUGAGGUCUACACUGAGCUCUACAUCACAGAAGGAGGGAUUAGUGAAGUUAAUAAUGAGCAUGAGGUGAGACAGAUUGAGACAGCAUUUAGGAGACCAGAGACACCAGAAACACUAAUCAAAUGCAAUGACAUCUUUAAAGCCUUACCUGGACAAGAUAAAUCUGUCAGAACCAUGCUGACUCAAGGAGUUGCUGGAAUUGGAAAAACUGUGUCUGUGCAUAAAUUUAUUCUGGAUUGGGCAGAAGGAAAAGACAAUCAGGAUGUCCACUUCAUAUUUCCACUUCCUUUCAGGGAGCUCAAUUUGAUGAAGGAGAAAUAUAUCAGUUUUAUGGAGCUUCUUCAUCUUUUUUUUAAAGAUGCCAAAGAACUGACAUCAACAGACUAUGAGGAUUACAAGAUUGUGUUCAUAUUUGAUGGAAUGGAUGAAUGUCGACUUCCUUUAAAUUUGACAAAAAACCCAAACCUAUUUGAUAUAACAGAACCGGCCUCGGUGGAUGUGCUGCUGACGAACCUGAUCAAGGGGAAUCUUCUUCCUUCAGCUCUCCUCUGGAUCACCUCUCGACCAGCAGCAGCCAAUCAGAUCCCUCCUGAGUGUGUUGACCAGGUCACAGAAGUGCGAGGAUUCAAUGACCCUCAGAAAGAUGAAUAUUUCAUGAAGAGAAUAAGUGAUCAAAGUCUGGCCAGUAGAAUCAUCACACACAUCAAAUCAUCAAGGAGUUUAUACAUCAUGUGCCACAUCCCAGUCUUCUGCUGGAUUUCAGCCACUGUUCUACAGAGUAUGUUAUGUGAAGCAGAGAGUGCAGAGAUCCCCAAGACACUCACUCAAAUGUUCACACACUUCCUGAUCUAUCAGAUCAAACUGAAGACACAAAAGUAUGAAAAUAAAUAUGAAGUAAAUCCUCAGCUAACUCUAUCACUAGGAAAGUUAGCUUUUGAACAACUAGAAAAAGGGAACCUGAUCUUCUAUGAGGAGGAUUUGAGAGACUGUGGAAUUGACGCCAGAGAAGCAUCAGUAUACUCUGGAAUUUGCACUCAAAUCUUCAGAGAGGAGUUUGAAUUUUACCUGGGAAAGGUGUACAGCUUUGUUCACCUGAGCGUUCAGGAGUUUCUUGCUGCUCUAUUCAAGCUCAUUUCCUGUAUUGAGAACAAAGAACACAGCUCAAAAAUUACUGAGUUUCUAAAGAGUGAAGUGAACCGGGCCUUACAGAGUGAGAGUGGACACCUGGAUCUUUUCAUCCGAUUCCUUCUGGGUCUCUCAUCUGUUUCCAGUAAGGUGCUUCUGCGGGGCUUGUUGGCACAAACAGACAGCAUGUCCUCCAGCCAAGAGGAAAUAGUUGAGUACAUUAAGAUGAAAAUCAGGGAGAAUUCCUCUCCAGAGAAAUCCAUCAAUCUAUUCCACUGUCUGAAUGAACUGAAUGAUCAUUCAUUAGUGCAGGAAGUCCAGACAUACUUGAGCAAAACAGGUGCAAGUCGUCUGACCGAAGCCAGACUCACGUCUUCUCAGUGGUCAGCUCUGGUGUUUGUAUUGCUAAAUUCAGAUGAUGACUUGGAUGAGUUUAAUCUAAGCAAAUUUGAUCCAUCAGAGGAAUGUCUUCUAAAGCUACUGCCAGUAGUGAAAACAUCUAGAAAAGCAGAUCUGAGUGGAUGUGGUCUCACAGAAAAAAGCUGUUUGGCACUGGCCUCAGCUCUUAGCUCAAGCUCCACAAGUCUGAGAGAGCUGAACCUGAGUGACAACAACCUAGAAGAUUCAGGACAGAAGCACCUUUCUACUGGACUAAAGAAUCCUCAAUGUAAACUGGAGACAUUAAAGUUGUCUAGGUGCCUAAUUAGAGAGGAAGGUUGUGCUGCCCUGGCCUUAGCUCUGAGAUUAAACCCUUCUCAUCUGAGAGAACUGGAUCUGAACUGGAAUAAACCAGGAGACUCAGGAGUUAAGCUUCUCUCCGUUGUACUGAAAGACCCACAAUGUAAACUGGAGAGGCUAAAAUUGAGGGACUGUAAUAUUGGAGAGGAAGGCUGUACUGCUUUGGCUUCAGCUUUAAGAUUAAACCCCUCACACCUGAGGGAACUCAGUUUAAACUAUAAUAAACCAGGAUGUUCAGGAAUUAAGCAGCUUUCUGCUCUUCUAAGGGACCUUGAUUGUAAAUUGAUGAAAUUACAGCUGUUUGACUGCAGCAUUGGAGAGGACGAUUGUGCUGCUUUGAUUUCAGCUCUAAGAUCAAAUCCAUCACACCUGAGAGAACUGACUCUAAACUACAAUGAACUAGGGGAGUCAGGAGUAAAGAUGCUCUCUAAUCUACUGAAGGAUCAGGGCUGUAAACUGGAGAAACUCAAGCUGUGCGAUUGCAACAUUACAGAGAAAGGAUUUGCUGCUCUGGCUUCAGCUCUGAAAUCAAACCCAUCACACAUGAAAAAGUUGGUUUUGAGCUGUAAUAAACUAGGGGAUUCAGGAAUUAAGCUGCUCUCUGCUCUGCUGAGGAAUCCUAACUGUAACCUCGAGAAGCUCAGGCUUUGGAAAUGCAGACUUGGCGAGCAAGGCUGUGCCGCUCUGACUUCAGCUCUAAGAACAAACCCCUCACACCUGAGAGAACUGAAUCUAAAUAAUAAUCAUCUAGGAGAUUUAGCAGUGAAGCAACUCUCUGGUCUAUUGCAGGAUCCACAUUGUAAACUAGAGAAAUUACUGCUGUCUGAAUGCAGUAUUGGAGAAAAAGCUUGUGUUACUCUGAUUUCAGCUCUGAUGUCAAACCCUUCACAUAUUAGAGCACUCAAUUUGAGCAACAAUGAACUAGGACACUCAGGAGUAAAGCAGAUUUCUGAUCUACUGCAGAAUCCACAAUGUAAACUGGAGAAACUGAGGUUUGUAAUUGCAGUAUCACAGAGGAAGACUGCAGUUCCCUUGCUUCAACUCUGAGAUCGCACUUAAAACACCUCAAUCUCAGUAAGAACAAACUAGGAGAUUUUGGAGUGAUGCAGCUCUAUGCUCUACAAAAUGAUCCACAGUGUAAACUACAGUGAGUUUCAUGUUUACACUUAUUUAAUAUUUACAUCUAUUCAAAUUAACAAACGUUUUUAAACUUAAACACUUUUUACUAAUUUAACUAAAGUGCUUUGGUGUUAUUUUUACUAGCACUGCAAUCUUUUAAAAAAACUUAAAAAUGUAGCGUAACAGAAUCAUCAAAAUAUGUCACUUUAAAAUCACCAUAUCACUAUAUCUAAUCAGUAACUUUUACUAUCAAGCUUUUCAUUUGCAUCCUAAACUCUUAUUCACUGUAAUAUUUUAAUAUAUAAAAUCGUAGUAUUUUCUAUAUUUUAAUCCAAAUUGUCUUGAUAGUUAAUCAAAUAAUAAUUUGGAUCAUCUAUCGUUUUAGGUAAACAUAGAUUCUAUAGAACAAGGAAUGGACAUAUUUUUGUAUAAGCAUAUCAAAUUACUUGAAGUGUGAAAAAAACAAAAGUUUGUUGUAUUGGUUAUUAAUCUGGACACAAAAAAAGCAUGUUUACUUUAAAGUGUAUUCAUGAAUCUUGAAACUACAUUUUAACACGGAAUUUUAGUACAAAAAUGUUUUAAUACUUUUUACUUGACAGUUACCACUUUAAUUAUUAAAUCUAAUGUAUGUAUGUAUAAAUACAAAUAUUUUAAUUUUAAUCACUAAUUCAUCUAUGACAAGUGUUUAUUUAUGCUUCAAUUCUAGAUGCUUCAACUGGUAGAUAAACUUGGAGG